CCAAGCUAUCACUCUUCCAAUGGAGAGAAAGAGCUCUUGCAUAGCCAUGGUUCCUGCUCCAGGCUUUAGCCAUCUCCUUCCACUUAUUGAGUUCUCAAAACGACUCGCCGUUCAUCAACCUCACUUCCACAUCACCUUCUUCAUCCCUACACUUGGCCCUCCUUCUCCAGCUACGAUUUCCAUCUUCGAAUCUAUCCCACCACAAAUAGACUUUACUAUUCUUCCACAAAUCAACACGGAAGACCUCAAAGCUCAAGACACAGAAACACAAAUUUACAACACUGUCACACUCUCUCUUCCAUCUCUUCGUCAUGCUUUGAGUUCAUUCUAUUCUGCAACUCAUCACCUCGUGGCUAUGGUUGUUGAUUACUUCUCAAUGGAAGCAAUAGACAUAGCAAAAGAACUCAAGGUCAAGUCAUAUCUUUUAUUUCCUUGUUCAACAACUUUACUGUGUUUCUGCCUCCAUUUUCCAGAGCUUGAUGAGGAUCACGAGAUGGUUCCUACUGGCUUCCGAGACUUGUCACAACCCUUGAAACUUCCAGGUUGCAUAAGCUUCCAAGGAAGGGAUCUUAUGGAUCCAGUUCAAGAAAGAUCCAGUGGAGCUUACAAAACAAUCCUUCAUGCAUGCAAAAAAUACUGUUUACUAGAUGGGAUCUUAGUGAACAGCUUCGUAGAUUUGGAACAAGGGGUUGUAACAGCUCUACAAGAAAGUAAUCAAAACCACCCUUUGGUUUAUCAUGUGGGGCCCAUUAUACAGACAAGAAUGACAAACAUAAAUGAGUCUAAUUCAGAGUGUUUAACAUGGUUGGGCCAUCAGCCACGAAACUCAGUUCUCUAUAUCUCUUUCGGGAGUGGUGGAACUUUGUCGAAGGACCAGCUUGACGAGCUAGCCUGGGGGCUGGAGAUGAGUGGCCACAAGUUCUUGUGGGUCUUGAGGGCUCCAAGUGGAGUGGCCAAUUCGGGUUAUUUGAGUGCACAAAGGGAUGAUCCCCUCAGUUACUUGCCCAAGGGAUUUUUAGAGAAAACCAAUGGCCAAGGGUUUGUGGUCCCAUCAUGGGCCCCACAGAUUGAAGUUCUGAAACACGAAUCUACUGGUGGGUUCUUGACUCAUUGUGGUUGGAACUCAACACUUGAGGCUAUGGUCUAUGGCAAGCCAAUGAUUGUUUGGCCAUUAUUUGCAGAGCAGAGGAUGAACGCAGUGAUGCUAACUGAGCAAUUUAAGGUUGCAGUGAGGCCAAAAGGUGACGAGAAUAAGAAUGGGAUUGUAAUGAGAGAGGAAGCUGCCAGAGUUGUGAAAAUAGUAAUGGAAGAUGAUGAAGGCAGAGAACUUCGAAGAAGAAUUCAAGUAUUUAAAGAUUCUGCUGCUAAAGCCCUAAGUGAAGAUGGUUCAUGUGCAAGAACAAUGUCUACUUUAGCACAAGAAUGGACAAAUUUGAGUAGCAAGUAGAAUAUGUUUAGUUCAGUUAUUUUGCAAUUUUUAAUGAUCAUUUU